AUGUCAGGAAAGAAAUAUCUCAUCGGCAUUAUCUACAAAUUAUUGGAUGUUUUGAUUUCAUAUAUUCACCACAAAAUAACCACGGGCGUGUGCGUCAGUAGCCGUCACUUAGUCGGCAAAGUGGUGUUGGUGACCGGUGGUACCUCCGGCAUCGGAUAUGAGACAGCCGCGGACCUCGCGGAGAGAGGGGCCCGUGUCCUCAUAGCCAGCAACGAGCGGCACGGCGACAGUGUCAGAGACACUAUUGUGGCGCGCUCCGGGAACACCGACGUACACUUCAUCUACUUGGACCUCGCCAGUCUCGAUUCUGUGAGAUCUGUUGCUGAAAAAAUAUUAUCUACAGAAAAACGCUUGGAUGUUCUCAUCAAUAAUGCAGGAGUCCUGUUUACUCCCAACAUGAAGUCAGACGAUGGAAUUUCAUUGGGGAUGCAGAUCAACUAUUUCGGACCGUUCCUACUCACUAACUUGCUUCUACCACUGAUUACUCAAUCAUCUCCGAGUAGAAUAAUAAAUGUUUCGUCCACGGCAUAUAAAUAUGGACUUGUGGAUUUGGACAAUCUCAUUGAACCGAGGACAGGUUGUUUCCCUUCAUUCUACUUGUAUUGUGAUUCCAAGUUGUGUGUUGCUCUCAUGACGGUGGAACUGGCUCGUCGUCUUCAGGGCACAGGCGUUACUGCUAACUUUCUUCAUCCGGGAUGCAGCAGAAGUAACAUCGUAAAUCAUGUACCUAUAACCCUAAUAUCGGUCCUUGUUUUUAUUUUUGGAAAAUUUGUUAAAACACCUUGUGAAGCCGCACAGACAUCGAUAUAUUUGGCUGUGUCGCCGGACGUACAAAAUGUUAGUGGGUGCUACUUCGAAGAAUGUAGAGUAAAAGAAAUUAACAAAAAGGCUUCAAACAAAGAUCUCGCUACAAACUUGUGGUGUAUGUCAGAAAAAGUUGUUGGUAUUUAAUUAACACGAAAAUAUUGUGCUCGGAAGAAAUAUGGCAGUAAUUAAUCUGAGAAAUAAAAGUUUUAUUCUUCGGUUAGUAAAUUAGUAAAUACUCUUCAUCUCUUCUUUAUGGAUUAAAUGACAGGAAUAAUAUUGAUCUUAUCAAACAGAAAAAGAUAAAAGUACUUGUCAUUGGCAUAUCAGACAUGUGAAUAUAAACCAAAAUAAAACCACCUUUC